AUGCUGCAGCCAAAGGAGGCGACUCCACGUAUGAUAAUUGCAUACUUUGCGAACGACCUAACUUCAAAGGACUUUAGCUGCUUGGAACCCGAUUGUUUUCCCUUUCUGCGUCAGGUGAAGCCUUUCAACUACUACAGCCAAGUGCAUCAACCCUUGGCUGCUCUACAAACAAUCGCUGAGCUGCGUAAUCGGACUUUGAUAUGGGAUAAGGCAACAUCCUUGCUUGAAACAACCUGUGUGCCGCAGGAGAUACACGUCUUUAAUUUCACCGAUGGCCAAUUAAACAAACAUGACAGCUUUAUGAAAUCCAUUUCGGAGCGGCUUAAAGACUGUUCACUUGUGCAAAUCUAUACGGCUCACUUUGAGGAAUUCGAAGCACAACAGCGACGGCGCAAUCGAGUUGCUAGCAACAAGAAUCGCCAGGAAUUGAUACGAACUGUGGAACCAUCCGCAAGCCAGCGUCCUCAAGAGGGAAAAGUGCUGCGUAAUUUGAUGGCCGUUGUCUCCAUCCAGAAGAUCAUGUUUGCCGAGGCAAUACAAAAAAGUCAGAUCAUGCACUACAAACACAUCCAAGUCGAGAUCUUAGACAGCAGCGAAGCACCACUGAAAAUGACGCUGGCCGAUGCCAGCAACAUUCUCAAAGGAUACGUUAUGGAAAUUGCCACUUCGAUGGGUCCUCUGGCCAUCGAUGUGUUGCCUGUUUCGGGCAAUUGGCACAUUUGGCGCAUGCACUUCUACAAACAACAUUUUAAAGCUCGCGAUUAUUUGUUCUAUGGCAGAAAGUUUAGCUUCUGCUGUCACGAAAUGAUUCUUUACUCCGAUGAGGGUUCAAGCCUCACUUUCUCCAUGUUUUACAUGGAUGUCGAGAUGAAUCCAAAUGAAUUUACACCGAUGGAUUUGGACUAUGUGGCAAAGAGCUGUUGGCUUUGCCAGAAUUUCCUCACACCCGGCGUUACCCAGGUUCUGUUUGCUAUAGUCUUAUUGCUGAUCAUAUUGGGUGUCGGUUUGUCCAUGCUCCUCAGCAUAGGACGACCCAAGAAGUUCCCCUCCUCCACUGAGCCAGAGCUCUAUGUGAAGGGUUAUGCCGAACGCUAA